AGUCACAAGACCCAUCGUUAACUGGAUCCUGUGGGUGGUACGUUCAGUUCGUUCACUGCGUGAGUGCGUCAAAUAUCGCUACUCCUGCGCUGUAUUUUUUGUCCCGGUGAAGUACAGUCGGUGUCCAAGGCUUUCGCAAGGUAUAUCUCUGUCCCUUAGGAAUAGCGUUCCCGUUUUAAACUUAGAAUGGCGAAGGUUCUAAAUCGAUUAGAGGCGUUUCGUGAACAUGAAAUGGCCGUCACCCGGGAUUAUAUCUCGCAGCCGCGCAUGAUCUACAAGACAGUAUGCGGUGUAAACGGACCAUUGGUCAUCCUCGAUCAGGUCAAGUUCCCCAAAUUUGCCGAAAUUGUACAGCUCGUACUGGCCGAUGGCACGCCUCGCACAGGUCAAGUGCUUGAAGUGUCAGGAGAUCGCGCCGUCGUGCAGGUGUUCGAAGGCACAUCUGGCAUCGAUGCUAAAAAUACAGUAUGUGAAUUUACUGGUGAUAUCCUGCGUAUUCCUGUGUCAGAGGAUAUGCUGGGGCGUGUCUUUAAUGGAUCCGGUAAGCCCAUUGAUAAGGGUCCGCCCGUACUUGCAGAAGAUUUUCUUGAUAUUCAGGGUCAGCCGAUCAACCCUUGGUCGCGAAUUUACCCAGAGGAAAUGAUCCAAACUGGUAUCUCUGCUAUUGACGUAAUGAAUUCGAUUGCUCGUGGCCAGAAGAUUCCAAUCUUCUCAGCUGCUGGUUUGCCGCACAACGAUAUCGCCGCUCAGAUUUGUCGACAGGGUGGCCUCGUAAAACGGCCGCAAGCCGCAAAGUCCGUUAUGGACAAUUCUACCGAGGACAAUUUCGCCAUUGUGUUCGCCGCUAUGGGUGUGAACAUGGAAACGGCUCGAUUCUUCAAACAGGACUUCGAAGAGAACGGCUCUAUGGACAAUGUAUGUCUUUUCCUUAACCUCGCCAACGAUCCAACUAUCGAAAGAAUUAUUACCCCACGACUUGCGCUAACCACCGCUGAGUUCCUAGCGUACCAGUGCGAGAAGCACGUACUUGUCAUUCUUACUGACAUGUCCUCGUACGCUGAGGCGCUUCGGGAGGUGUCAGCUGCCCGUGAAGAAGUGCCCGGACGUCGGGGUUUCCCUGGUUAUAUGUACACGGAUUUGGCUACAAUCUAUGAACGUGCAGGACGAGUCGAAGGUCGAAAUGGAUCAAUUACCCAGAUCCCUAUUCUGACUAUGCCCAACGACGAUAUCACUCAUCCGAUUCCUGAUUUAACAGGGUACAUUACAGAGGGACAGAUUUACGUUGAUCGACAGCUACACAACCGUCAGGUUUACCCACCCAUCAACGUACUGCCGUCACUUUCACGUUUGAUGAAAUCUGCCAUUGGAGAAGGCUUCACCCGUAAGGAUCAUGCCGACGUCUCUAAUCAGUUGUACGCUUGCUAUGCUAUCGGCAAAGACGUCCACGCCAUGAAGGCCGUCGUCGGUGAGGAAGCCCUCAGCCCUGAGGACAUGCUCUAUCUUGAGUUCCUAGGCAAGUUCGAAAAGAACUUUAUCUCGCAGGGCCGCUACGAAAAUCGUACCAUCUUUGAAUCUCUCGACAUCGGCUGGAACCUGCUUCGAAUCUUCCCCAAGGAGAUGCUUAAGCGUAUCCAGCAUUCAUUGCUUGCCGAGUUUUACCCUCGUGCCGAGGCCAAGGUUACCGGAGCUGCAACCGCUGGUUCUUCCCCCGCGCCCGGCCAUUAACCGAUCGACCACUACACCGCCUGUUAACGGUUAUAGGGUGGAAGAUAUGUACCUUCAGAGAGGACGGUCGAAUUACGCAAGAUCUUCUCAACGUUUUCAUCAAUGUCGAAGACUGAGUUUGCUGAGUUUUUUUUUAGCCGCGACAAAAAUGAAGGAAGGAGUCAUAUUCUUGGCUCACUCAUCAUCGUAUUGCCCAAUGCGAUGAGAGCACAGAAGUAGAGAGAGCGUGUCUGUGUCUGUUAGAGCGAAAGUGCUGACAGACAGGGGGCGCGAACCAGAAGUCAAAGGCCAUCGAUGAAGCAAGCUUAGAGCGCAGGGAAUGGAAUGUUAUCUAUUAGUUAGGGUAUUAUAAUUUAUAAAAAAGCAGAAGGUAAAGGAUCCUACCGAUAGUUGCUGCAGAGUCAAAUUAUAGGAUGAGCGGGUUGUUCAUUCAUGUUGUUUGUGAUAAUAACACACACAUUGCGCGAAGAACAACGACAACGACGAUGCUGAUAAUGGGUGAAUGACAUUGAUUGCGGCUCAGAAACAGAUCAAUUGGAAAUCAGGUCCGCAUCCCAGUUAGUCACGUAACCGCCCCAGAACUCCAUUUAACAAAUAAAAAAAAUUGGGGGGCUGCUAAUCAUAUUCUGAAAAGUAUAAAAGCCGAACAGACCCGUAUUGAGUAAAGCCAGCUUUUCCCUAUCAUUCCAAAACAACGGCCACUAGAGAUAGACGAGAUGCAGACCGAGAAGAAAGGCAUGUUGGAUCCUUAAAUUUUAGUCGACUGACAAACUGGCAUGAUGGUUAGUCGUCGCCGCUGCCAACCAGGUCAUCUGCGGGUUUUUCCAAAGUUGUGUUGCAUAUAUAGUCAACUGUAGCGAAAAUAAAUUCACAAAGAAGACUUUUAAAGAACGCAAAACAAACCAACAUAAAACUCAAAAGGUGGAUACAAUAUUGUUUAUUGUUCAUGUUACGGAUGUGUGCGUGUGAUAGUUCGAACGAGUUUAUAGUUGGUCGAAAUUGGAUUUGGCAAAAUUCACAACUCGACUCCUCGUGAAAAGAAAUUCGCGCAAAGACAGGUCGUAGGCAUGUAUUGCGGCAUUAUUUUAUAGUUAGUCGUGCGUCUGGCGUGAAUAUAUAUCUAUAUAACAGCAACAUGACAUGAUAAUUAUGAAUAAUAGAUGACGGAACAAACUCUACGAAGGACAAGUAAUGAAGUGAACAGAUGGAAAAUGAACAAGGCGCAGCACAUGCUAAUUAUUAUUAAAUGAAAAAAUGGUGGCGCAGCGCAUGCUAAUUAUUAUUAAAUAAAAAAAUGGUUCUGUUUUUUUCGUGUUUAAAAUCAAAUAUACGAGGAAUGCUCAAAAAUGUUGGCGAAA